CGAGGACGCGAGCACUACACUCCGCCUAGAACUUCAGGAGUCGCGUCCCUGAACCGAAACUGCUGCGACCAAGGCUGAGCCGAAGCGGAUGCUGAGUGGACAGCUGGUCAGGCGCCUGUUCUCCAUGGCCAGUCGCGUCUGUCUGGCCCGGGGCAGCCCGGGAUCCGGUACCAUAGGUCCCGUCGAAGCCACCAUUCGCACGAAGUUGGAGCAGGCCCUGAACCCCGAAGUGCUGGAACUGCGUAACGAGAGCGGCGGCCACGCGGUCCCAGCAGGCAGCGAGACACACUUCCGCGUGGCGGUGGUGAGCUCUCGCUUCGAGGGACUGAGCCCCCUGCAGCGGCACCGGCUGGUCCACGCUGCGCUGGCUGAGGAGCUAGCAGGGCCGGUCCACGCGCUGGCCAUACAGGCGCGGACCCCUGCCCAGUGGAGGGAGAACCCUCAACUGGACGUGAGCCCCCCCUGCCUGGGUGGGAGCAAGAAAACUCGAGGAACCCCCUGAACCCCAAGAGAGUGAGAACCAGGAUCCAGAUGGGUUGGGUGAGAGUAAACUACUGGGCUUUCUUCCCUUCAGUACAGUCCAAUAUUUGUAAGAGAUGAGGACCGCUGGACCCCCGUUCAACUGGCACAUACAUUAUUCACUGGAGUUAGUAAUUCAUUUAAGAUCAAAGCUAACCCAAGAGUAGAAUCACUCAUUACUGCUUUUGCCCUGGACUAUUCUGGAAAAGCUGCCCAGUCGUUUCAUGUUAAAUUGUGACUAAGGAACCACCAGAUCUGAUGUGUUGGAAAUAAUCCUGUACAUUAAAAG